AUGUUUCAGCUUUCUCUGCUCAUUCCCUUUUCCCUAUUACUUAUUUUCUUCAUCAAAACAUGCUAUCAAAAAAGACUAAACCUCCCUCCUGGACCUCCAAAGCUUCCGUUUAUCGGUAACAUGAACCACCUUCUAACUACGACACCACACCGGGCCUUACAUGGCCUGGCCAUGAAAUACGGUCCGAUCAUGCACCUCAAACUCGGGUUCAUAUCCACUAUCGUUGUGUCCUCAGCUGAUACAGCUAGAGAGAUCAUGAAGACUCAUGACACUAUCUUUUCUAACCGGCCUAAACUCGUGGCCCCCAAAAUCUUGGGUUAUAACUAUACUGACAUUGUGUUUGCUCCAUAUGGGACUUACUGGAGACAACUUAAGAAAAUAUGUAUUCUUGAACUCUCGACGACAAAAAGUAUGGAAUCAACGCAAUUUAUACGUGAAGAAGAGGUAAAGUCGCUUGCUCUGUCAAUUAGUAAGAGUUCAGAACCAAUAGUCUUGGCUGAGAAGCUAUUUGCUUUGAAUCAUAACAUUAUCACUAGGAUUACUUUUGGUGAUAAGUUUGAGGAUGAACUGAGGUUUAAAUUAGCGAUUAGGGAAGGGACGGCUCUGGCUGCAGGAUUUCAGAUUGGGGAUUUCUAUCCGUCGCUUGGUUUCAUUGCGAAAAUCACUGGAAUGAAUAAAAGGAUGGAAGAGUGUCAUUUGGAGCUAAGUAGCAUCAUGGACAAGAAUAUACAACAGCAUAUUGAAAGACGUAAACUUGAGAAGCCACAACGUGAGUGUCUUGUAGACGUUCUUCUCCGGUAUAAGGACAAUGGAGGCCUCGACGAGCCACUCACGACUGAUAAUAUAAAAUCAGUCCUCUUGGAUGUGUUCACCGGAGCAACUGAAAACGCAUCGAAUAUAGUGGAGUGGGCUAUUACAGAGAUGUUAAGAAACCCGAGUAUAAUGGAAAAAGCACAAACAGAAGUGAGGAAGGUCAUUGGCGAAAAGGUCAACCCAACUGUUGAAGAGACUGACCUUUCUAAAAUGACUUACAUGAAUAUGGUAGUCAAGGAGACUCUAAGGUUUCACCCGCCGGUUCCUCUCUUGCUCCCACGAGAAUCCAUGGAAAGAUGUGUGAUCAAUGGUUAUGACAUACCUUCAAAGAGCCGAGUUUUUAUUAACUACUGGGCCAUUACCCGGGAUCCUUCCAGCUGGAAGGAUCCCGAUGUGUUCAAUCCUGAUAGGUUUCAGGAUGAAACCAAAAACUACAGAGGUAAUGACUUUGAGUACAUUCCUUUUGGUGGCGGUCGUAGAAUUUGUCCUGGAAUUUCAUUGGGAAUAGCAAAUACCGAACUAUCUCUUGCUUCUUUGCUUUACCAUUUCGACUGGAAACUAGCUGAUGGGGAGAAACCACAAGAUUUAGACAUGGACGAGACAUUUGGAAUGACAUGCUACAAGACUUGUAGUCUACGACUAGUACCUACUCUACACUUCCCUAUAUCAUCAUAGAGAAUUCGUUCACAUCCGUUUUUGUUUUGCUUUUGGCAUUCAUUCUGUUCAAAAGUACACAUCUUCUUUUCUUGAAACCAACUACUGUAUUAAAUCUUUUACAUUCUGAUAUGCACAAGGCAUAUAUUGUAUUCUAGGAUAAAUAUUUCACAUAAAGUUCUAAAUAUUAUUGAUCCAAUAUUUACAUA